UCAUACUUUUCGUCCUGAUCCCAACAACAUGGAGUUGUUACUGAUAUUCUUCAGCAUAUCAGUUAUAAAUAACUGUGUUUUUUCUCAAGAAUACGAAGACGAUUCAAAAUAUAACCCACCCCAGGUAAACGGAUGUCAAUACAGAAAAGCUUUCUACACGCCUCGUCAGAAUGUACACAGAUUAGAGUCUUGUCUUGACGACUGCAGAUGUGACCUAAAUGAGCAAAGACAAUACGAGAUAAUUUGCCAGAACCAAAGGGUGUGUCCCUUUGAGGAUAGUCGGUGUGAGGAAGCGACAAUUGACGAAUGCGGCUGUAGAUCUUGUAAAAUAGAAUACGACAGCUACGUUAUUUUCAAAACUAAAGAUGACUACAAGUACGUUUUUUACCCAGUACCACUGAAUACGGAAGGCGGGAUCCUAUUGAACUUAAAGGUGACAACCAACAGAGAUGCGUACAUCGGCUUAUCACCGCAGCCGAUGGACUCGAAACCUAUGUACGAGAUCGGCGUUGGUAUCCAUGGCAACCGUGUCUCUGUCAUUCGCCGUUGCAAGCAAUGUAAUUCGGAGAAGAUGAGAGUGACGAAAGGUGUGUUGAAGAAUAAGGUAACAGAACUUUGGCUGUCAUUUGUAGACGGUAAACUUUCUGUUGGUGAGAGUGGACAACCAAGCUUCAUUAGUUUUACAGAUCCUAAUCCAAUUGAUGUCAGGUACCUCGCUAUGGCAACCGGAUAUGGUAGUAAAGGAUUGUGGGAAAUUGCUGAAUUGGAUUAUAAGGCAACUAGUUCGAAACAUAUAUUAACAGGAUGUAGUGAACAAAUUGAUGUUACAAGCGCGUGGCAACAGAUUGAAACAAACAGCGCUCACCGGUUUGGAUUUGAAGUUGAAUCCACUGGCGAUUUCCUGCUAAGACUUUCCUCCAGUGACCAAGAUACGAAUACAAAAUUCUACUAUGAGGUUACUAUCGUCGAAAAACGAAAUCAACUUUCAAAAAUUAGAAAAUGCAAGUAUGACGGAUGUGACGUCGAGGGAGCAAUCGCGAAGACUAACUACUUAAACAUGGAGAGUGCUCAGAGAUUCUGGGUGAUUUUUAGCCCCAAUGGUCUUAUUGAAGUAGGUCUGGAGGGAUAUGCUCCAUUCUUAACCUGGAUGGAUAUUGAUUAUGUGCCCGUCUCAACGCUUGAGGUUUCUACAGGCGGAAGUGCAACGGCUAGGUUCAGCUAUUGUCAGCUUGAAUUUCGAGAUUACAAGAUUUCAGAGUUCACGGCGUACGUUUCCCUAACAACAAAUACUGAUGACUAUGUUUACAUAGACAACAAACUGGUAUCCGAGAGACUAGAGUUCUACAUCAAAGCAUCCAGUGACGUCGUACUAGUACUCUCCCCUAAAAAAGACGAUGUUGAAGUGUACAGGAUCAUCAUAGCCUAUGGAGCAAACGGCGAAUCUACACUGAGCCAUUGUCACAGUAAAUAUGAUUGUGUGAUCAAGGAAUCUACAACUACUCAUGAUAUUUUGUCUGCCACAACACCACGUGGUUUUUGGAUCAUUUUUGAUAGGUCUGGGAGAGUAGAAGUCGGCGAGGAAGACAAAAGCCCAUUUCUGACCUGGCAAGAUCCUUAUCCGUUGGCAGUCAACUAUCUUGCUUACGCCACUACGGAAGGAGGUUAUGCUGCCAUUGACUUCUCGGUUAAUGAACAACCCAGAGCCAGUUACCAGAUAGGUGAAUUUUUGGCUCCAUUCGACGUGAUAACCCGUAGAAACGAUUUUGUGUAUCUUGAUUACUCUUUCGGAAGUGACAGGCGCCUGGAGUUUUACGUCACGGCGGAUAGUGACGUCUAUUUAUCUCUUUCACCAUUUAAAAAUGAUACUGAAUUCUACCAAAUUAUCAUCGCAACGGGAGCCAAAGGGGUCUCGACGUUAAGUCACUGCUUUGAUAAAGACGACUGCCACGUGAAGGCGUCAACGAUUACAAAGAACUUUUUGCCCGGAAACAGCAGAGGAUUCUGGGUAACAUUUGAUCCGUCUGGACAAGUCGAUGUUGGUCGUGAUGGUUAUAGUCCAUUCUUGUCAUGGGAAGACCCAUACCCUCUUCCCGUUAACUACCUCGGAUACGCUACUGUUCCUGGAGGAAAGGUUGAGAUCCAGUUUGAUCUCAAGGAAGAAAAGUCUACAAAAUAUAUAAUCAAAGAAUUUAGAAACCCGUUGUCAUUCAUCUCUACCUCUGACAACUAUGAAUAUUUGGAUUACAAGCUAAAAAGUCGAACUGUUGAAUUCUUCGUCAAGGCGACAAAUGACAUCAGCAUUGCUCUCGGACCAAAUCGGGACGAUGUCGAAUUUUACCGAAUUACCGUUGCUUAUGGAUUGGCUGCAAACUCGACUCUUAGUCACUGCUUUGACAAGGACACAUGCCACAUAAAAGCCUGGGCGAUCACAGACGACUUUUUAACAGAUACAGAGUACCAGGGAUUUUGGAUUAAAUUCAACCCAUCUGGAAAAGUCGAUGUUGGUCGAGAUGGCUACACCGCAUUCAUGUCUUGGGAAGACCCUUACCCACUGCCAACUAAUUUCAUCGGUUAUGCAAGCGUUGAAGGCAGUCGACUGGAGAUUCAAUUUGAAAAGAGAGAUUUCAUUGCAUCAGAUUGUAUUGGUGUUACGAAGAUUGCAACAAUCCGUAACUUACUGUAUCUGGACACAACCAUCAACUCAAAUAGUAUUCGAUUCUUCGCAACUGGACGUGGUGACGUCAUGAUCUCCAUUGGCCCAUACAACAAUGAUACAGAGUUCUACCUGAUCAUCAUAGCCCAUGGAGCCUACAGUACCUCCACCCUCAGCCACUGCUUCACCGCCGAUGAUUGCCACAUCAAAGCGUCGGUAACCUCUAACAACGUGUUUGAAGCUGAUAAAAGAACUGGGUUCCUUAUUGAAUUUAACCCGGAUGGUAAGGUAGACGUGUUCCGGGCUGGACAUUCGGAACCGUUCUUAUACUGGGAGGAUCCGUACCCACUGCCUAUAAAUUAUAUAGGUUAUGCGGUACAAAAUGGGGUAGCCAUGACCUAUGAAUUUUGUCUGAAUGAUUCAGAAUAUUAAAAAUGUGCAUUAACGCCUCUGUUCACAGACAGGACCAUUUUGAACUGCUAAUCGAAUAUUUACGAAAGUUUAAUGUUUGCAGGAAAAAAUUGAUUGCCAUACUGUUCAAUAUGUAACUAAAAUCAUUUUUUUAAUCAUAAAGUUUACAGUUUGAAGCAAAAUAUAUUAUUUCUUUAUUCUUAUAAAAUUUCAAAAUGCCGCCAUUUUCUCGAAAUACAACUAUUGUAAUUCUACAAAAGAGUAAACCUUUUUAAUCGACGUGGGCUGUGGAUACCGAUAACGUACAUAUAGCUGCAUAUUUCAUACUAAUCUAAUAUGUUUAACUAUGUAUUAAUUCCAUUGUUUGACUUAUAGCGAUAGUGAUGAAUAAACAAGUCUGAUAAGCACAUCAA